CAUGCGCACUACGGCUGACCCCUCCGGUUUCUGCGUGCGAUGCCACGUUAGUAGCGGUAGACACAAAAUACCAGCUACUCUCCCAACCUUAAACAAGGAAAAAGACCAAAACGAAGACCAAUCUCCCAGCUCAACCGUAGCCGACCGUGUCUGCAGCUCUUGUCUCUCUGUCAGGAAGAAUACUCGACGGCAACUAUGUUGAAGUUUUUGCUCAUCUGCACACUGGCGGUGGCCAGCCGGGCUGAGAUCGCUGAGGAAGAAGAUGUCCUGGUGCUGAAGAAAAGUAACUUCGACGAGGCUCUCGCAGCUCACCCCAACCUCUUGGUUGAAUUCUAUGCACCAUGGUGUGGUCACUGCAAGGCCCUGGCUCCAGAGUACGCCAAGGCCGCUGGCAUGCUGAAGGCCGAGGGUUCAGCGGUCCGCCUGGGUAAGGUGGACGCCACAGAGGAGACCGAACUGGCCCAAGAGUAUGGCGUCCGGGGAUACCCCACCAUCAAGUUCUACAAGGGCGGAGAGAAGGAGUCACCCAAAGAGUAUUCUGCUGGCAGGCAGGCAGAGGACAUCGUCAGCUGGCUGAAGAAGCGCACAGGCCCGGCCGUCACCACGCUGGCCGCAGUCACAGAGGCAGAGUCUCUGAUCGCUGACAGUGAGGUUGCAGUCAUUGGAUUCUUUAAGGAUCUUAACUCCGACGGUGCCAAGGCCUACGAAAAAGCAGCUGAAGCCAUAGACGACAUUCCCUUCGCCAUCACGUCCGACGAGGCCGUUUACGGCAAGUUUGAGGUGUCCAAGGACAGCGUUGUCCUCUUCAAGAAGUUUGAUGAAGGACGCAAUACCUUUGAUGGAGAGCUGACCAAAGAAAAACUCCUGGCUUUUAUCAAGGCCAACCAGCUGCCUCUGGUCAUCGAGUUCACUGAGCAGACUGCCCCUAAAAUCUUCGGUGGAGACAUCAAGUCCCACAUCCUCAUGUUUCUGCCCAAAGCUUCAUCAGACUUCCAGGCCAAAAUGGACCAGUUUAAGAAAGCCGCAGAGGGAUUCAAGGGUCAGAUCCUGUUUAUUUUCAUCGACAGCGACGUGGACGACAACCAGCGCAUCCUGGAGUUCUUUGGCCUGAAGAAAGAGGAGUGCCCCGCCAUCCGCCUCAUCACCCUGGAGGACGAGAUGACCAAAUACAAACCAGAGAGCGACGCCAUCACAGCAGAGAGCAUCACUGCAUUCUGCACGCUGUUCACUGAGGGCAAACUCAAGCCCCACCUCAUGAGUCAGGACAUCCCUGAAGACUGGGACAAAACCCCUGUCAAAGUUUUGGUUGGCAAAAACUUCGAGGAGGUCGUCUUCGAUUCCUCCAAGAAUGUCUUUGUGGAAUUCUAUGCACCUUGGUGUGGACACUGUAAACAGCUGACUCCCAUCUGGGAGAAGCUGGGAGAGAAGUAUAAGGACAGUGCUGACAUCAUUGUGGCUAAGAUGGACUCCACAGCCAACGAGAUUGAGGCAGUCAAAGUCCACAGCUUCCCGACUCUUAAGUUCUUCCCUGCAGGAGACGAGCGCAAGGUGAUUGAUUACAAUGGGGAGAGAACACUGGAAGGUUUCACCAAGUUCCUGGAGAGCGGCGGUAAGGAGGGCGGUGCCCCUGCAGCAGACGACGAGGACGACCUGGACACAGACGAUUUGGAUGAUGUGGACGAAGGACAGGACGAUGACUCUGAUGGUGAGGGCGACGACGGACAUGACGAGUUGUAAGAGCUGGCAGAGGAGAGAGAGAGAGAGAGAGAGGAGACGAGUCCCACCCCAACCCUUCCAACCAGUCACCAUCACCACCUUCACUUCCUUGUGGACCUUCCCUGUCCUGUGAACAUUAAUACUUCCCCUUUAACUGCCUCUCAGUCAGUCAGUCAGUCAGUCAGCUGGCCUGCUAGUCAGUCAGUCCAUCAGUGGCGCGGCAGGGCCUUUUUUGCCAGCCACACAUCCAACCUCGCAACUUCUGGCCAGACUGGUCUUGUCCCACCUGGGGGGACUCUGUGGAACAGCGCACCACCUCUACGGGAGACCUGAAUGCCUUCUUUACAAAGCUCCACAUCAGCUGUUUGCCUUGUAUAUUUUAAACCAAAUGUAAAAAUGGCAUUGAGAUCCAGUUUUCAAAAUGUUUGUGUUCCCCUGAUGAAUUAGCUCCCCUCCUCCUUAAAAAAAAAAAAAGCCUUGCCAUUGUUCAGUGUGGGUAUGAGCUAAAUGAGUGUUGUGACCUGUAUUUGUAGGUAAGGGGGGGCUGCCAAUGUUCUUUACCCUCUGAUAGAAAUCCAGAGGAACAGAGUUUUGUGUGGUGGUUUUGUAAGGACUGAUCUCUCAGGGGACAUGGGGCCAUCGUAUACAUGUUUAUUUUGCAAUGUCUUCACUAAAAUAAACCCCACAAAGCUUGUCCACUCCAGUGUAGCACAAAGAGCCCCCCUCCCAUCUGUAGCUGAGACCAAUUCUUUUCUUUCUUUUGGUAGGGGGGGAAGUCUACUUUGUUUUCAUUUCUUCAUUCCCAAAUAAUUUUUAAGUUCAGUCUCCUCAUUUAAGCGCGGCUACUGACUAUUUUCUAAAAGGAACAAAGGUUAACUUUUUGGGGGGGGAAAUCCUAUUUUAUUUAAUUGCUUUCAGUAUACGGUUUUUUUGUUUUUUAACUUAGGACUUGUCAUUUUUAAUGAUGUACCAUUGUGCCCAGUUGUAGCCAGUUGGCCCUGUUGGGGCAGAGUUGGCCCUUGGACACACUCUCAGACCUGGGAUGGGUUUUUUCUUCUUCUUUUUUUUUGUUUGGAGCCAGUUCUGAUAGGUCGCACUGCAUUCAUGCCUAAUCAGAGAUUCAUUGUGGUUACUAAAGCAGACAGAGAUUGGUACAGUCUACUUGGUCAGGUUGGUCUGAGAGAAGUGUCUAUUAUAUCUAAAGCGGGGAGGGAACUGUUGCACAGCCCCAACCCUCACCCAUACUGUACCUCCUGCAUCCCUUUUGGCUCUACCCAACACCCUUGUUGCCACAGCGGUGUGUGUGUGUGUGCGUGCGUCUGCGUGUGUGUGUGUGCGCGCAUGCUGUGUGAAUGGUGUAAAAAUUGCUGUGCGAUGAGUUGUAUGAAAUGUUCAUAUUUUCUGGUCGUCCAUGAACAGGAGAAUGAAUGUACUGUGUGUCUGGCAGGGAGGGGAGGCUUGAGUAGAGCAAGGUGAUGGGUUUGACAGCUGUACAGCGGUGGGGGAAACUUAACAAAGCAUUCCAUCAUAUCCAAAUUGAUGUGGAAAACGUGAAAUGGUGGCCAAUAAACAAAAAAUUACAAAACAA